AUGUUGCAGUCGAACGCGCCAUUUACCCCGCUUUUCAUCGAUGGAAAACAAGUCUCUGCGUCGGACGGGGGGACCUUUGAUGUCGUUCAUGUAACUACUCGCAAAGUUGUCGGCACCAGUGCUUCCGCUUCGAUUGCGGACUGUACUACCGCGGUUGAUGCUGCCGCUGAGGCCUUUAAAACUUGGGGCCAAACCACGCCCUAUCAUCGUCGAGACAUACUGUUGAAGGCGGCGGAUUUAGUGUCAACCGAUGAAUGGCGCAAGAAGAUUUUAGAGACACCGAUGCAAGAGACUGGCUGUUCUCUUGGGUGGGCAAUGGGCGGUUAUGUGGCAGCCGUACCGUUGCUACGGACAGUCGCGUCGUAUGCAAAUGACCUGGUAGGAAAGAGCUUCAUGUCGCAUUCGGUCCCAGGGAUGCAGUGUGUUAUGGAGCAACGGCCGAUGGGCGUCAUAUUUGGAAUCGCCCCAUGGAAUGCCCCGUUCACAUUGACGCUGCGUGCGAUUGCCAUUCCCCUCCUUUGCGGCAAUACUGUGGUCCUCAAGUCAUCCGAAUUUAGUCCACGCACACAGUCCUUGGCAAUAGAGCUCUUCCAUGCGGCUGGAAUUCCUGCUGGUGUGCUCAAUUAUAUCUCGAUGGCGCGUGAAAAAUCGCCCGAGCUCACCGCUCAGAUAAUCGCACAUCCAGCCGUGAGGAAGAUCAAUUUCACCGGUAGUGACCGUGUCGGGAGAAUCAUCGCCACUGAAGCCGCCAAGCAUCUAAAGCCGACUGUUCUCGAACUCGGGGGAAAGGCACCCGCAGUCGUUCUGGACGAUGCUCCUUUGGCAGAUGCUGCCAAUGCCAUCGUCUACGGAGCAAUGCUCCAUUCUGGCCAAAUAUGCAUGUCCACUGAACGAGUCAUCGUCCAACGUGCCGCUGCAGAACCGCUUCUCGAGCAAAUCAGAACCCUUUGUGAUUCCCUCGUCGGAAAUGAAGCUAAAAUCGGGCCGCUCUUUACCGAAGCCUCAGCCCAAAACGUACUCGAAAUGAUUAGCGAAGCUCGUGAAGGUGGGGCAGAGGUGUACAUGGGGGAUGUGGCACGAGAUGGUGCGAUUCUGCGACCACAUAUCAUUCGCGGAGUUAAGCCUGGUAUGAGGCUUUGGGAGCGGGAGAGUUUCGGACCUGUGAUUGCAUUUGCAGUCGUCGACACGGUCGAGGAGGCCGUUGAGCUCGCGAACGCGACCACAUAUAGCUUGUCGGCCUCCCUGUGGACUAAAGAUAUGUAUACGGCCCGGAAGGUCGCGCUGUUGAUUCGAGCAGGUAGCGAUCUCGAGACCUUCUCCUACAUCCGACUCGGAUUGCUCAAGAUUUGUUUAGGAUAUACCAACGUCAAUGGCCCGACAUUCCACAGCGAACCACUUAUCAGUGUCGCAGGUCUGGGCGGGUCUUCUGGCUAUGGACACUUCGGCAUUGACGAUUUCACCGACAAAGGCGUGAUUGCAGUGCAUCCACUUGGAAGGGAGUUCCCGUUUCUGCAGUAG